AUGGCUAUGCAACAAUACAUAGGUUCUUCUUCUUCAUCUUCUAAGGUAGCAUCCUUGAAAAGAUUUGAUGUUUUUAUUAGCUUUCGUGGUGAGGAUACUCGUAAAACCUUCACGAGUCAUCUUUAUGAAGCUCUUAACAAAAAAGUUCUAACAUUCAUUGACAUUGAACUUGAAAAAGGAGAUGAGAUCUCAUCAGCACUCAACAAAGCCAUUGAGGAGUCAGACGCAUCUGUAGUCAUAUUCUCAAAAGACUAUGCAUCUUCAAAAUGGUGUUUGAAUGAACUCGUUAAGAUUCUAGAAUGCAAGAGAGAUCGGAGACAGAUUGUCAUACCUGUUUUCUAUGAUAUAGAACCAUCUGAUGUCAGGAAUCAAUCUGGAACUUAUCAGCAAGCUUUUGAAAAACAUGAGCGAGAUUUGAGACACGACAAAGACAAGUUGCAGAAAUGGAAAGAUGCACUCACCGAAGCAGCCAAUUUAUCGGGAUGGAACUCUCAAAGUUACGGGAUGGAAUCAAAUUUCGUUAAGGACAUUGUAGAAGAUGUUUUGAAAAAAUUGUAUGGGAGAUACCCAUUUGAAGUUAACAGGGAACUUGUUGGCAUUGAUACAAAGUAUGAAAAGAUGGAAUCUUUACUGAAAAUUGGGUCAAAUGAUGUUAGGAUCCUUGUAUUAUGGGGAAUGGGAGGCAUAGGAAAGACCACUCUAGCCAAACAUGUAUAUGGUAGACUCUGUUCUCAAUUUGAACGUACUUGCUUCAUUGAAAAUAUAAGGGAAGAAUCAACCAAGUAUGGACUCAAGUCUGUACGUAACAAACUUUUUUCUACAUUGUUGGAGUUUCCUCUCAAUGCACCUUAUGCAGAAACUCCAAUUUUCAAAAACAGACUUGCACAUGAAAGAAGUCUCAUUGUGUUGGAUGAUGUGGCAACCUUAGAGCAAGCAGAGAAUGUAAACAUAGUCAAUAGUUGCUUGGGAAAGGGAAGUAGAGUCAUUAUCACAACUAGGGAUAUGCAGAUAUGUAGUCAAUUUGACAAGUGUGAAAUAUAUGAGUUUGAGGAGAUGAAUGCAGAUGAAUCUCUUCAAUUAUUCUGUUGGAAUGCUUUUGGAGAAAAGUGUCCUAAGGAUGGAUAUGAUAAUCUCUCAGAAAGGGCAAUUCUUUUUUGUAGAGGCAAUCCCCUGGCGUUGAAAGUUUUAGGUGCAAACUUUCGUACAAAAAAAAGUAAAGAAGCAUGGGAAAGUGAGUUGGAGAAACUAAAAAAAAUUCCCAAUAAGAGAAUCCAUGAUGUGUUAAAAUUGAGUUUUGAUGACUUAGAUUCUACUCAACAAGCCAUAUUUCUAGACAUUGCAUGCAUCUCCGAAGAACUACUAGGUUAUUAUAUCUCUCUUGUCGGUAAAGAUUACAUAAGAGCACUAUGGAAUGCUUGCGAUUUUUUUGCUGAGAGUGGAUUAGAAGUCCUUCUAUAUAAAGCCCUCAUAUACUUUAAUAACGAUAACGAACAACGUAUCCUAAUGCAUGAUUUGUUAAAAGAAAUGGGAAAAGAGAUUGUUUUGAAAGAAUCAGUCAAAUACCCCGGAAGAAGAAGUCGAUUGUGGGAUCAAAAAGAUGUGUAUGAUGUAUUGAAAUAUAAAAUGGGAACUGAAAUUGUUGAAGUUAUAGAAUUUAAUAUUGAUCAACUUGGGAAUUUGUACUUGAGCUCUGAUUCCUUUAAAAGCAUGACCAACUUAAGACAUCUUCAUAUAACUACAUAUAAUGAAAGUAGACUGCAUCUCCUUGAAGGUCUUGAGUGGUUAUCCGAUAAAUUGAAGCAUCUUCAUUGGGAUGCAUUUCCACUUGAGUCUUUGCCAUCAACCUUUUGUGCAGAAUGGCUUGUAAAUCUUACAUUGCUGAGUAGCAAGCUUAAAAAGCUUUGGGAUGGAAUUCAGAGGCUUGACAAUUUAAUGAUUCUUAAUCUUGAUUACUCCAAAGACCUGAUUGAGAUUCCAGAUCUAUCAAGGGCCCCAAAUCUUCAAGUAGUAUCCCUUUCUUAUUGUGAGAGUCUCUGUCAACUCCAUCCAUCCAUUUUUAGUGCCCCCAAGCUUAUAGAACUACAAUUAGAUGGCUGCAAAAAGAUUGAAAGCCUGAAAAAUAACAUUCAUUCAAAAUCUCUCCAAAUACUUAAUCUCUCUAAAUCAUCUCUUGUGGAAUUUUCGGUGACAUCAAAGGAAAUGAUGAAGUUGUCUUUAUGGGACGCUGUUGUACGUGGAUUUUCUUCAUUUAUGUUGUGUAAUGAGAAAUUUACUGAACUGCACCUUACAGGAUGCACACAGAUCAAUACAUCGAGUCUUUGGUUCAUCCUUGAUGGUACACCAUCUUUAAAACUUUUAUGUUUGAGAAAUUGCCACAACUUAGAAACUCUCCCCGACAACAUCCAUAAGAAUUCAAUGUUGGAAAUUCUUGAUUUAGAUGACUGCCAGAAACUUAAGUACCUACCAAAACUUCCAGUUAGCUUGCACAGCUUUACAGCCAAGAAUUGCAUUCAUUUGAAGACCAACUCCUUUCAACGAUCAAUACUUGAGAAUAUGUUACACAAACUCCGCUCAUCUGAGAACAUAUUACACGACAGAUCCCAUUCAUGGAGCAACUGGAAUAUACCAAGUUAUUAUAUGAGUUAUCAUAUGGAUUCAUGUUUCUUUCUAGGUGCUCAAGUUCCUAAUGAGUUUAUUUUUCAUACAACUAAGGCUUCGAUAGUUAUUCCUCCUAUUUCAAGAUAUGGUUUGUAUGGUUUUGCCUUUUGCAUCAUUCUCUCUGGAGGAUGGGAUAUUACUACUGUCGGUGAAAUUUCUUGUACUAUUUAUCAACACAACGAAGAAGUUGACCGAUACUGGAAAUGGUAUUGGUCAGGUGUAUUAAUUUCAGAUCAUGUAUUGUUAGGUUGCAUAGAAUGUUAUAAUUCUGACUGGGUGAAGAUUGGGAGUGAAAGUGGAGGUUAUCAUUACAACCUUUCAUUUAAAUUCAACUAUAAAGAACUUGGAGUUGCAAAACCAGAGUGGAUCAAGGGUUGUGGGGUCAUUCCUGUAUAUGACUCGAAACAUAGUUUUGUGUUGGAUGGUAGAAUUGGUGGAGUUGAAAUUGUUGAAAUACAAUCCAACACUCAACUAUCUCAUCAUUUUGAUAAUAUUAAAGUUUUGGAUGAUUGUCAUGGACAUUCGAAAUUUGAUAUGAAUGAAUCACAAGACCAAGAAAUUGGAGCUGAAAAUGAAGAUGACCAGCAACAACUAAUUAUUCCUCCAACAGAAAAUAUGCAGUUGAAUGAUAAAUCUUCCUGUCCAUGUUCAAUAGGUCUAUUGUUGAAGCACAUGCUAGAAGAGUCAAAACGUCUAUCUCUUUUGUUUCUAAACCAUAGAUAA